AUGGGAUGGCAAGAGCACAGGGCUUUAAUCAAGUCAGUGUCGGAAAGUUUUUUGAUUUAUAAUAUUGAUGAAACAGGCAUUACUACUGUUCCAAAUAAGCCAUCAAAUGUGAAUGCUAUUUGUGGAAAGAAACAGGUUGGAUGUCUAACUUCUGCUGAACAUGGGCAAUUGGUUACAGUGGAAAUCUGGAUGAGUGCUUCAGGCAAUUUUGUGCCACCUCUUUUUGUUUUUCCAAGAGUUCACAUGAAAUAUGAACUAAUGGAUGCUGCACCGCCCAGUUUAAUUGCUGUUUGUCACCCAUCAGGUUGGAUGCAAAGUAAUACAUUUGUUACUUGGUUCAUGCACUUUGUAAAGUAUGUUAGCCCAACAAAGCAUGAACCUGUUUUGCUAAAAUUAGAUGGGCAUAAAACUCAUACUUCAAGUCUAAAAGUAAUUAAUCUAGCUUGUCAAAAUAAUGUUAUUUUAUUGUGUCUUCCACCACAUUGUAGCCAUAGACUUUAA